GCGCGCGCUUGUGAAUGUGCGGGAGCGCGCCUGUAGGAUCUGCAUGGAGAGAAGCGGCAGCGGCGCGGUGACGGUCACGUGACGGAGUUUGCUGCUGGCUGAGUGAAGCGUGUUAGCAGAUUUUUCUGUUUUGUACAUACAUUGUUUUGUAUAUACUGUAUAUGAUGACCUCGGUGGGCGUCGAACGAGCCCGGGGCACUCGGGACAAAACGCUGCCCACUACCACACAGACCACACAACCACAGAAACAGCUUCAGGCUACAGCCGAACAGAUUCGUCUGGCCCAGAUGAUCUAUGACAAGAAUGAUGCAGAUUUUGAGGAUAAAGUGAAACAGCUCAUGGAGGUUACAGGAAAGAACCAAGACGAUUGCAUGGUUGCUCUUCACGACUGCAACGAGGAUGUCAACAGAGCCAUCAACUUCCUGCUUGAGGGAACUUCUGAUGCGACUUCUUGGGAAACCGUGGGGAAAAAGAAAAGUCUUGGAAAGGAUGCCACCUCCACAGAUGGUAAGGAAAACAAGGAGAACCGGGAGAAGAAAGAGAGGGAAAGCAGCAAGGGUCGUGGAGGAGCGAGUCGUCGUGGCAGAGGGACCAGUCGCAACCGGCCAGCGAGGACUGAGGAGAAUGGUGUGGACCCUGCUCCUGUUGAGAGAGGUGCUGACCGUGGCCGCAGGGGAAGAGGAAGAGUGUCUGGAGGUAGAGGCAGAGGUCGGGCUCCGAUUACCAGCAGGUUUACAGCACAAGGGAUGGGAACCUUUAACCCUGCAGACUACACCACAGAUAGCAGGACAUCAAAUUCACACACCGAUGUCUGGGAGACGGGGGCCAAUGACACUGCAGAUGGGACAGUGGCAUGGCAGAACACUUUGGACGAGUGGGCAGCUGAAGACUGGAGUGAAGAUCUCUCUGAGACCAAAGUGUUCACUUCCUCUUGUGCACCUCCACCCGAGAACCACAUCACACCUGGCCAAAGCCUGGAUCUAUCGACUCUGCUGCAGAAGCCUGUGGAUCGUGAGGAGGUGGGAGGUCUGAAGGCCGUGGGCUCCUCUCAGGGGCUUGGCCACAGUCUGGUCUUCACCAACUCCCACCACCAGCCUGCUCGAAACGGAGGCACAUCUGCUGGUUCCAACAGCUACACACACGCCACCCUGUCCUCUGUUUUGGGUUCUGGUUUUGGAGAGCUGGGUGGUCCAAAACUCGGGCAGACGGCCGGGCAGCAAAUACUGGAACAGCUGAAGGGGCCUGGUCUUGGGCAGCUUACCUCCCAGCCCUCCAGCACAGGGACCAACUGCACCCCUGUAGGGGGGCUGGUGGGGACGGGGAUAUCUGUCCCCUCCUCCUCCUCCUGGGACAUCAAACCUCCUGGAACACAAAGCUCCGCUUCACUCCCUUCUCAAUUCAGUCGGGAGUUUCAGAUGCAGCCAGAGCCAUCUUUGGUGCUAAGCCAACUCGCUCAGCGACAGCAGGGCUCCCUGACCCACACGGGGCCUCUAACCAGGCAGCCCAGUCCUCCCCCACUGAGUACCCCUUCGCCCGCCCCGGGCACACUGGAAGCCUUUCCGAAAGCGCCAGAACCUUCUCAGCACCGUGACGGACCCUCCAUGGCCCCCUCACAGGCAGCCGAAUCUCAGGGCAGCAGCACACAGCAGCGGCAGAUAAAGACUCAAAAGCGAAGGAUACCUCCCACUUCAAAGAUCCCUGCAUCUGCUGUAGAGAUGCCAGGCUCAGCAGAUGUGUCCGGUCUAAAUGUGCAGUUUGGUGCCCUGGACUUUGGUUCAGAAUCUGCCCUGCCGGACUUCGGCCAGUCGGAGAACUGCAACAGUGAACCCUUAAGGGAGGCUGCGGUGGUUCCUCAGUCACAGAGCAGCCUUUACUCUAAACCAAUCAGUGAAUCUCUGACCAGUCCGGUCCCCUUGCUGCUGCCUCUGGCCUCUUCUGACAGCAUCUACCCUUCUCCCUCGGUACCUCUCCCCAGUCUCGCCCCCUCCCACACCACCCCCAGCUCGGCCACAGCCCCCUCAUCCUCUUCAUCCUCCUCUUCUUCCUCCGCUGCAUCAUCAGCGGGUAACAGCUUUGACUGUGGUGUGGCUCCUCAUUCAAGACUGACCUUCUCUCAGAGCAAGGAGCCUUCUGGACCUGUGACAAACGGUUUUAGUGGUGCGAGGACCUCUGCUGCUUUAGACACCACAUCGAGUUCCUCCACUCCAAAGCAAGAGUCUCCCUCUCUGGCCAGCAGCACAAGUGUUGCCCCAUCUGCCCCAUCCUCGCUGUUGCCCCCUUCUGUUACACCACACAAUUCUGCUCUGCCCAGCCUGGCUUCUGAGCUCUCCUCUGCCAGCUUACCUCCCCUCAGCAGUCAUGUGAGCAGUGGCCAUUCCGCUGUGUCGGCACUUUGCACCACAUCUUCACUUACAUAUACCAGUGUGGACAGCGUGAACUCUCUCGCCCCCUCAUCAAUGGUGUUUUCCUCGCCACCCGUGUCCGUUCUGCCUAGCAACAGUGUUAGCAGCUCAGUGAGUGGCAGCAAUAGUCUGCACGGGCCUGGAACUUUGGGUCACGGCACCAACGGUAGCGCACCUUCCGGUGUCAGGACUGCCCCGCUACUGUCUUCCUCCAGCGGUAAAGCUCCUCCUAAUCUCUCUCAGGGGGUUCCUCCACUGCUGCCUAACCAGUACAUCAUGGGACCCGGAGGUCUGCUGCCUGCCUAUCCGCAGAUAUAUGGCUAUGAAGACCUCCACAUGCUCCAGUCCAGACUACCAAUGGAUUACUAUGGAAUCACAUUCCCAGGGCCGACUGCUACGCUGUCUGGCAGAGAUGGGAGCCUCGCCAGCAACCCUUACUCAGGUGACGUCGCUAAGUUUGGCAGAGGUGAAUCCACCUCACCGGCGCCCUCUACCAGCCUGUCUGCUCACGCCCCACAGACGGCGCAGCCUCCUCAGGCUCAGAGCCAAGGACAGAACCAGCCCCAGCCGCAAGGCCACCACAACACACAACAACCCUUCUUAAACCCAGCCCUACCCCCUGGAUACAGCUACACAGGCCUUCCCUACUACCCCGGCGUGCCCAGUGCUUUCCAGUACGGCCCUACCAUGUUCGUUCCCCCUGCUUCGGCCAAGCAGCACGGCAUGGGACUGAGCAACCCAACAACGCCAUUCCAGCAGCCCAGCGGCUACGGACAACACGCCUUUAGCUCAGGGUAUGAUGACCUGACGCAAGGCCCAGCAGGAACUGAGUACAGCAAAGGUUACAGUAACUCUUCUCAAACACAGGCCAAAUCUGCUGCCUCCGGCCCAGGGAAAGUACUUUGUGUCCCAGGUGUCUCUGUGACAUCUAGCAAUUCUGGGGUGCCAGACAUCAGUGGAACUGUUUACAAUAAAACACAGAAUGUCUUUGUGCUUUUCCUGUAG